AACGAAAACAAAGCAAACUUAAAUCAGCAACUGGGGCCGAGACAGAGGAACAAACUAAUUUGUUUGACUGCUUUCGGGGGGCUGGUCGGCAGCAUUUCUUGCGUGGGGCGUGGCAACGCACAGCUGAUUUUGGAUCGUUACCGUUUGACCCAAUUGCGCAGGUGCGCAGAGAGGUGAGUGAGCUGUCAGUAAAUGCCAGUUGCCGGUUUUUCAAAUUUCUCCCAAAGCAGAGAGGGAGAGAGACAAAGAACGACAUCAAGAGAGAGAAAGAGAGAGAGAGAGAGAGAGAGAGUAAUUUGAAGCUUUCAAGUUCGGACUAGUCAAAGUCAAAGCUGAAAUUGAUUAGUAGCUAAGCAGACGCAAGCCAAGACGGACGUGGAAGGCAAUUUGUAUUAAGAUUCGGAUAAGGAACUCAUUACCGUUAGCUCUAAAUAUAUAUACAUACAUAUAUAUAUAUAGAUAUUGUGUGUCAAUUCUGAUAAAUAGGGGAACGAUUCACAGAUAUUCGGUGCAAAGAAGAUUCGCAUAUGAGAAGAGUUCAGCGCCAGAUAUUUCCGAAUGACCGCAAUUAGGACUGAUCACAGCCAGACACAAAUGCCCGAGUCGGAGGGAUCGCCGCUGGCGCUGCUGCUGCUGCUGGUGGCGAACAGCAUGGGUGGAGGGGAGGCGCUGAGGCGUAACUUUGAUGCGCGCCAGACGAGCGUCAACUCGAACAUUCCGCUGUGGAAGCAACGCGCCUGCGAGAAGUCGCCCAAGUACCAGAUGAACUCGCACUACAGCUGCGACGAGAAGGGGGACGUGAAGUGCCUGCCCGGCUGGCAGGGCGAUCUCUGCCAGGUGCCGAUGUGUCGGCGCGGCUGUGAUCCGAUGAAUGGCUACUGCCAGCGACCGGGCGAGUGCCGCUGCCGCAUCGGCUACACCGGCGAGCACUGCGACAAGUGCAUCCCGCUGCCCGGCUGCCAGCACGGCACCUGCAAGAAGCCCUUCGAGUGCAUCUGCAAGCCCGGCUGGGAUGGACUCUUCUGCACAGAGCCCAGCUGCCGCAGCGGCUGCCACAGCACGCGCGGCUACUGCGAGGCGCCCGGCGAGUGCCGCUGCCGCAUCGGCUGGGGAGGUCGCACCUGCAGCGAGUGUGCCACAAUGCCCGGCUGCCAGCACGGCACCUGCAACAAGCCGCUCGAGUGCAACUGCGAGCCCGGCUACACGGGCCUGCUCUGCCAGACAGCGUUGUGCGCCUCGGACUGCAACAAGCAGCACGGCUACUGCCGCAAGCCUGGAGAGUGUCGCUGCAAGGUGGGCUGGACUGGCGCGCAGUGCGACAAGUGUUUCCCGUAUCCUGGCUGCGUGAACGGCGACUGUGAUGCACCCUGGGAAUGCAACUGUCGUCCCGGCUGGGGCGGCAUGCUCUGCGACGAGAAGUUGACCUACUGCCUGGACAAUCCGAACACCUGCGAAAAUGACGGCAAGUGCAUAUCGCUGAGCCGCGAGGACGGCAGCUAUCGGUGCCAGUGCCGGCAGGGCUAUCUGGGCAAGAACUGCGAGAUACUCGAUGAGUUUCUGUUGACCUCGGUGGCCCCGCCGCGCAUUACACCGCCGUCCACCCAGCUCGACGUGGAGCUGGAGCUGGCCACAGCUGUGCCUGAUGAUGGCAGCAAACUAGAGCAGCCAACGGCAACAACAGCAGGCAAACCCACGACAACGAGGAGCACAACAAUGUUGCCAGACACUGGAUUAAACGAGACCGCAGCAACAACAGCCGGAACAACGACAACGACAAUGGGGCUGGGCACACGUGUUGCCAACCACAAUGCGUCUAAUGAAGCGUUAAGCUAUGGCCAUGCAGCUGCUGAUGAGGCGACAACAACGAGGCGUCCCGCACCUACAACAACAGCAGCAACAGCAACAACAGCAACAACAGCGGCAUCAGCAACGGCGACAGCAACGACGACAGCAACUAUGACAGUAAAGGAAGCUGGCAACAACGCAACAAGUGGGUCACAGUUCAGCGCACACAAGCAGCAGCAGCAGGCGGCGACAGCGCAGGAGGACGAUGAAGAGGAUGACGAUGAUGAUGAUGAGGACGAGGAGGACGAGGACGAGGAUGAGGACGAUGGCGAUUAUGAUGAGGACGACGACAACGAUCAAAUUAUACCAAAUAUUAUUUGAGGAAAAUGCUUCUUUUUUUAUCAUAGAUGCAUAUAUAGGUUUAUAUAUGUAUAUGUAUAUUACGUAUAUUGUAUGUGCUUAGCUAAUAAAUUAUUUAUUUUACAAUUAAAUGCCAGAGCAAUAUUUAGAAAAUAAUUAAA